AUGGCUAACACCAAUCACCCAAUCGUUCAGCAGAAUCCGAAACAAAAUCUUAGAAACUCAGGACAAUACGGACUUGGCUUUUCCGAAUAUCCCCCUUUUUCUGCUGGACUCCAAAUUGCCACUUCAUUUUCAAAGGAUCCCGAUAUUGAAAGCGCUCUUCCUCACCCAACCGAGUUCACGAGUGUCACCAUGAUUGGGCCGUCAGAGAGCUGUACCGUAUGGGCAACUACACGGUUUCUGGUAGCUGCAGAAAUGGAUGAUUUUAAAGUACAGGCUGGAACAUGUUUGCGGCUCCGCACGCUGAUUCCUCGCAGCUCGGGGUGCGACACUCGGUCAGUACCUAUCGCCAGGGUUAAGCUCUUCGGCUCCCGCGUAUUUUAA